AUCUAGGAACUUAGCGUUUGGCAUGUUUGUAUAUUUAUCUGUCACAACAUCACAACCGUGUUUGCCGAUAGAUCGUUGUAAAUAUAAUCAAACAUCGAAAUAACUCGUCAUGCCAAUUUUAGAUAAACGUAAAGGUGAUGAUAUUCUGGCAUUGGUUCCUGCUUCGAAAAGGACUAAAAACGAAGUGGUUUUCAGUAGCAGGGAAAAAGCGGUCGUACAAAAUGGACCCCCUCGAACUUCCUCUUUGUUUGCACCAAUUAUGCUCCUCGAAGGACAUCAAGGAGAUAUAUUUUCGCUCGAAUUUCACCCCGAGGGUCAAUACCUCGCGUCCACAGGCUUUGAUCGACAAAUUUUUAUUUGGAACGUUUAUGGAGAAUGCGAGAAUAUCUCUGCAAUGACUGGACACAGUGGAGCAAUCAUGGAGUUACAUUUUAGCCCAGAUGGCAGUCAUUUAUACACUGCUAGUACAGACAUGACAUUAGGUUUAUGGGAUAUAGCUGCUGGAACCAGAAUUAAAAAAUUAAAAGGUCAUACUUCUUUCGUCAAUUCUGUCUCGGGUGCACGAAGAGGAAUUACACAACUUUGUUCUGGCAGUGACGAUAGUACAAUACGCGUAUGGGAUCCCAGGAAAAGAGGACAGUGUUAUACUUUAAACAAUACAUAUCAGGUUACUGCCGUAACAUUUAACGAUACAGCAGAGCAAGUAAUAAGCGGCGGGAUAGACAAUGAUAUAAAAGUGUGGGAUCUGAGAAAAAAUUCCAUUCUUUAUAAACUUAAAGGACAUUCUGACACCAUUACCGGCCUGAGUCUAAGUCCAGAUGGCUCUUAUAUUCUGUCCAAUGCUAUGGAUAACACAUUAAGAAUUUGGGACGUUAGGCCGUUUGCUCCUUACGAACGUUGUGUGAAAAUUCUUUCUGGACAUCAACAUAACUUUGAGAAGAACCUACUGAGAUGCGCAUGGUCACCAGAUGGCAGCAAAGUAUCAGCCGGAUCGUCGGACAGAUUUCAUUAUAUUUGGGACACUACAAGUCGUAGGAUAUUGUACAAAUUGCCUGGUCAUAAUGGUUCUGUUAACGACAUUGAUUUCCACCCAAAAGAGCCGAUUGUUUGCUCCGGGUCUAGCGACAAACAAAUAUAUUUAGGAGAAAUCGAGACAUCGUAAAAAGGUUUAUAAUUAUAUUUCCGGCUAUUUCUAUAUUUAACGUGUAC